AUGGACUUGCGCUUCUUCUGCCUCUUAUUUCUGCUUCUACUGCUCAAUUUCGAUCACACGUUAGUGUUGGCUAAUGGCGGUGGAGCGGGAGUAAUCAAAGUUAGUUACAAAUUCGCCGAUUCCGAAAGGACUCUUAGUGCUCUUAGAGCUCAUGAUGAUAUCCGUCAUCUCAACGUCGUCGCCGGCGUUGACCUACCUCUCGGAGGUAUAGGCCGUCCCGACGCCGUUGGGCUCUACUAUGCUAAAAUAGGAAUAGGAACACCUUCCAAGGAUUACUAUGUGCAAGUUGAUACAGGAAGCGACAUAACAUGGGUCAAUUGCAUCCAAUGCCACGAAUGCCCCAAAAGGAGCUACCAUGAUUUAUGCUAUAUAGAAGAAAUAGAUGGUCCGUCUAAAGAUUAUUGUGACGAGAGUAAUAGAGAAUAUCCAUGUGUCCCCGACAAGGGUUAUUACGGGCGCGGUCCUAUGCAACUAUCGUGGAAUUACAACUACGGACCAACAGGGAAUAUCAUAGGUUUUGAUGGUUUGAACAAUCCAGAAAUCGUAGCUACAAAUCGUAUAGUGUCAUUCAGGACUGCUCUCUGGUUUUGGAUGAACAAUUGUCACUAUAGUAUAACUACGGGUCAAGGUUUUGGAGCUACUAUUCGGGCUAUUAAUGGCAUUGAAUGCGAUGGUGGGAAGAAUCGGAAAGAGUUACCGAAAGUUAGAAAUAAACUGCAUAAUUCACAAAUUUCGUCUGAUCAUUCUGCUAAGACUCUUGAAACUUCCUUACGCCUGGAUAUGAAGAGAUUGAAUGCUGAACAAAAGCCUUUUGUUGAGAGGUGA